GGGGCCCGUAUUUUGCUGGCCCAUACACUACAAUUCAGGUCGGCCAACGUCCCAACCUUUCUCUUCUCUCGAAACACCCCGGCUGCAUACAAGAUGCCGCAAAAGCAUAAGCGAUCGUGGUCCGUGGAAGGCUCAAGGGUGCAAGGUUGCAUUAAGAAACGAGCAGUAGCCAAGAGACGGCGAGAGGAUUACAAGCUCGAACGAGUUAGAGCACUCAUCGAAGAAGGAAUUACGAAACACGAUUUGGAUGAACGGCGUGCCAGGUAUUACUGUAUGAAGGAGCAUCCGGGAAGGUUCUGUAGUCAAUGUAACCCACGGGCCGACGAAGAGGAUAGUGAAGGUCUCAGCGAUGAGGAGGCCGAAAUGAGCGAUUCUUGGAGUGAUGGUCCGGUCUCCGAUGAUGAUCAAUCCCUAACAUACUCCGAGAUUUGGGGCAACGAAGAGGAGAAAGAUACAGUCGUCAAAUACAUCAAGGGCAAGAUCAAAGCUGUGGACACGGCUGCCACGCGACUUAAGACGUUGGUAGAUGAUCAACAAGCGGGGAAACCCCUAAUUGGCGGGUUGCGAGGCAAAUGGACUCUGUACAACUUGGAUGUCUGUCCGAAGCGAUAUGAGCCUACUGGCGAGUACCACCGGCUUACCGUGAGCGAAGCGGCUGUCAAAGGGGAGCUGGUCAACCAAGAUCGUGUUAGACACCCACCUUACGAAAUUUUCAUGGAGUGGUUGAUUAAGGAUGCUGCUGGGGACAUUAUACCUUUUCCAUUCCCAACUCACGCUUCACUCGAGCCGGUCCCGAUCCAACUCAUGACAAGAGUUUCCGAUGAUGUUCCCGCCGAGAUAGUCUUCCUAGGCGAUGAUUGUCUCUGGUUAAGAGUCCCGAGGUCGACUGUUUACCCGAAAGAGGCUAGUCGACUUGGGACGUCUUCCCCAAUGAUAGAAUUUGCCGGAGUUCGCCAGACAGAGGCCGACAUUGAGGAAAUAAAGCGAAGACAUGAGAAAAUGGCACAGGAAUGGGAAAGAGCAAAUAGUCCCGAAACUUCUAUUGCGGCGUCUUUAUGUGGAUGGGACUAUUGAGAUUCUACACGAGGCUCUUUGAGCUUUGCUCUCAACCACAGAAUACUAUGGCGAGUCUUUUCCCAUUUGCUCGGCCACUCUGCGGUCCAUUUCAAACUCGUGAAGACCACCCAGGUCCAUAAAAUCUAACAUUAUAA